GCACGAGGCAAACAGGUUACUAUUACUGCUACCUGCUGUAUAGAGCUAGAAAAACCGGUUCGUAUAAGUACCAUUGCACGUCUUUGGACAUGCAUUGCGAUUCCGCACAUUCCUCUUUGAGUAAAGAGUUGAGCGGCUAUGAUACGAGUUGCAAGGCGGAUGAGAUUUGAGCGCACUGGGGAUAUAAACUGAGCCCACUUCCCGCCCUCAGUUGUAAUUAAAGAGAGAAUAAGUUUGCCAAUCUACCACGGCAUUCUUUCUUUUCGUUGUACACUUUUCUGCCUCACCUCGCGCAGCUUCAAGAAACCGCGCCCAGCGACCAUGAAGAGCGAUGCUAUCUUCCUCAGCCUGCUGCACUCGGCAGUAGCGCUGUCUGUACCCUCGGUUGCUCCCAGAAACACCGAGAUUGUCGGUGGUCAGCCUGCCAAAAUCGAAGACUUUACGUACCAGGCGCAUCUCUUCCGUGGCGGCGGCGGCGGUUGCGGCGGCACGAUUGUUAGCAAGCGCCAUAUCGUCACCGCGGCACACUGCGCACCUUAUACCGACCCUGCGGAAUACUAUGUUCUCCUUGGUAGUGUGAAGUGGGAUGGAGGCACCAAGUACAACGUCACCAAGAUUAUCAAAGACCCUAACUGGGACGUUGCGAGCGAUGAUCACGACAUUGCGGUUCUGGUGCUCAGCGAGGACAUUAAGUUUGGUCCCACCAUCAAGGCCGCUACUAUUGCCAAGACGGCUCCUGCGGUGGGAACUAUGGCGGUUGUCUCGGGCCAUGGCAUCCUCAGCGAAGAUGAGGGCAAUGAUGGUGGUACACAUGACCUUAUGUAUGUCAAUGUCCCGAUCUUUGACCAUGACGAAUGCAAGAAGGACUACCUGAGGGACAAUGCUGGGAAAAUCACCCCAGCUAUGAUCUGUGCCGGAUAUGCAGAAGGUGGAAAGGAUUCUUGCACCGGUGAUAGUGGCGGUCCCCUCGUUGUGAACAAUACGCUGGUUGGUGUUGUCGCGUUCGGCCAAGGAUGCGCCCGACCCAACUAUCCUGGAGUUUAUACGGAUGUUUCGGAGCCUUCUGUUCAGAAGUUCCUCCAGGAUAGUCUUAAUAUCACGUCUUGAAGCAAAUAUAUAUAACGCUACUGGUUCAAAUAGUAAAUAGAUUUACUAUGCGGUAUAUAGUCAAUGCAAUUUAGUACACAUGUUGAUCGCAUGCAAGGCAACCAACUUCGUCUUUACCGCCUCACUCUUU